AUGAGGAAUAGUGAACGAUACCGUCGUCACUCCCGAUGUCUUGAGUACAGAGAGGGUGAUCAGAAUGGUGGUGAUUCUCGUGAUGUGAUGAUGGUAGAGGUGGUGGCGGAAGCGGUGUUGUUGUUGGUGGUGGUGGUGGUGGUGGAUUCCACAACUGCUCGCACUGCUGUUCGAUCUCCUUGUGACUUUUUCCUCUGGAGGUACUUGAGAGAUCAGGUGUAUGCAGAAAACCUGCAUUCGGAAGAAGAGCUCCACCGCUCUAUUGAAGAGAAAAUAUCAGCAAAUCCUCUGAGACUUACUUCAAAGGUACAUCAGAAUAUGUUCCGGAGGCUCCAAGAAUGCAUUGUAGCACCACUAGAACAUUCUAGACGGACAUCUCUUUCAGCACCUGGUGUAAGGAUCCCGUUGAACCAGAGCCCUGGACCGGCCGGCGGGGGUGUGGGAUAA